AUGACCAUCACCAUAGCCAUACUAUCUGAGUACAUCGUGGCUUCAAUAAAGGCUGCAUCAGAUUCUUGGGGCAUUUCUGUGAGCUUUAUCAGCAUUGUUUUGCUACCCAUUGUCGGGAAUGCAGCAGAACAUGCCGGAGCAACCAUAUUUGCUUUCAAGAACAAGUUGGAUAUCUCUUUGGGUGUUGCUUUAGGAUCCGGAUCUCAAAUAUCCAUGUUUGUGAUUCCUUUCUCUGUGGUAGUUGCAUGGAUAAUGGGCAUCCCUAUGGACCUGGAUUUCAGUCUCCUUGAAACUGGUUGUGUUUUUUUUGCAGUUAUCAUCACAGCCUUCACCUUGCAGGAUGGAACUUCACACUACAUGAAAGGAGUGGUUCUUUGUCUAUCCUACACUGUUAUUGCAGCAUGUUUUUUUGUCCAGAAAUUCCCCCCAAGUAAGUGCAUAUCAAACAACUGUCCCCAACUUAGGAGUCCAUUCACCAUCUGGAACUUUGGCCGGUUAAUCGGCGUCAACCUUGAAGAUAUGAGCUAUGUUGGUGCAUCAUCAACAAGUUCCACAAGUAAUUUAUUUGUUGAUUCAAUGGAUUUUCCAUUUUCAAAGCACUGGGAAUAUUUGCGCCUUCUGGUGACAGAAAGCUCAAAGGAUUUGGUGGCUUUGAAGAAGAAAGUUAAUGUUCUGUGCAUAGCUCGUGUUUUUCUUAAUAAGCAUUUGUUUCUCAGUUUUGACAAAAGUGGUGGCAAAUGGCAUCUGGAGUUCUGGACGCAAUCCGUUGAUGCAGAGAAGAAUGCCAUUAAAUCAUUUGCUGCUGCAAUAAUAAUCAUGAAUAAAACCUCGCACGUUUUCAUUGGUCAAAAUAAACACUUGUUCAUUUAA